UCUCCUGGGCUCAGGAUUCUCAGUCUGUAGUGCUUUUUCUUGCCUCCUGCUUUCUGCUAGUCUGUCUCUGUCUAUCUCUGUCUCUCUCUGUCUUGAGCUAUUGAGUGCUUCAGUGACUCCAAUAUUUCCUUCCUAUGGAGAACUUUUUGAGCAGGAGGUUACUAAUCAGAAAGCAUCCAUGCCAUUUUCUAAAGAGGAGCUUCAAGUGUGUGCAGAGCACUGGAGAUAUGAUGAGACUACUAACAGCCUUCCAAGUGCCUGCUUUAUAAGACAACAGUCCCACAGCUGUGUAAGUUCUGAUGUGUUAUUAAUCUCAUGUCUUUAUCUGAUGUCUCUAAGAAGGGGUUGGGUAUAAGAAAUGACAACUUAGAUUCAAAUUCUAGUGCUAACCACCCUUCAAGGUAUGAUUUUGAACAUAUUACUUGAUAUAAGCUGGUUCUUCAGUUUGAAAAUGGGAAUGGUAUUUACCUUACUCAGUCUUUUAGGAUGAUUAAAUGAGAUAAUAUAUUACAAAACACCAAGCACCAUUUUUGUACAUAUAACAAAGUAACAGGUAUUCAAACAAUAUUAACUAAAUGAUCUGCUGAAUUCCAGAUGAACCACACCUGGUCUGCAUUGUUCUGAACAAUUCUCUGCCUUCGUGCAGCCAGAGCUCUUAGCAGACAGAGCAGCCUCCCCAACUUGAGCUUUGGGUCAUCUCUCCUCCUCCUCCCCCACCAAACCAUUGUCCUGUCUUGGCACUAAGAGUAUAAAACCAAAUUAAGGUGGGUACAGAGGGCUCUUUUAGAGGCUGUCUGGGGAUGGUGUGGAUGUAGAAAGACUGGCCUAGAACCUUGCUAUUCAAAGUGUGGCCGCUGUACUAAGAGUAUUGGUAUCACUUGAGAGCUUGUGUGAAAAUGCAGAAACUUAGGUUCCAUUCCAGACCUACUAAAUUGGAAUCUGCAUUUAAACAAUAUCCCCAGGUUAUUUGUAUGCACAUUAAUGUUUAAUGUAGGAAAGAAGCACUUUCCUACAGGCACAUACAUAAGCUAGCAGGUAUAGAGGGAUGUAGGCUAUGCAUGUAUGUCAGAACUGUCUAGAAGACAUUAAGGCUGCACAGGUGGGGAGGAGCUAUGAGGGAGUAUAGUCAGAGCAAAGGAGGUGUUCCUCAGAGGUGUGGGUUACAGAACUGUAUGGGUGCUCUUUGGAUAGGUAUUGGAUUUUUGUUGUUUCAGGGCCCCUUCCUGUUGAUACCUCAGGAAUGAGAUUGUACCUUUGAGUUAGCUGGUUAAUGUCACUGCACCAGCCAGAGAAUGACAGAUGAUUCCAUUCCAGAGGGAAUUCUAUUCUUUGAAAGAAGUUUCCCCAGAGGCAACCAGGACCCAGCCGCCGCCUCCAUCUCAGACGGGGACUGUGACGCCCGGGAGGGUGAGUCAGUAGCCAUGAAUUACAAACCAUCCCCGCUCCAAGUGAAGCUGGAGAAGCAGCGGGAGCUGGCCCGGAAGGGCUCUCUGAAGAAUGGCAGCAUGGGUAGUCCCGUCAACCAGCAACCCAAGAAGAACAAUGUCAUGGCCCGGACAAGGCUUGUCGUCCCCAAUAAAGGCUACUCCUCGCUUGACCAGAGCCCAGAUGAAAAGCCACUGGUCGCCCUUGACACGGACAGCGAUGAUGACUUUGACAUGUCCAGAUAUUCCUCUUCUGGCUACUCCUCUGCUGAGCAGAUCAACCAAGAUUUGAACAUCCAGCUGCUGAAGGACGGCUACCGGUUAGAUGAGAUACCUGAUGACGAGGACCUGGACCUCAUCCCCCCCAAGUCCGUGAACCCCACCUGCAUGUGCUGCCAGGCCACGUCCUCCACCGCCUGCCAUAUUCAGUAGCGGGCGGGGCAUUUGCGGCCGCCUGGGGCAGGGCCCCCGAGGGUCAGGCUGGACAGGGUAGGGGCCAACCCCUCCCCAGCUCUUCUGCCUGCCCCCGGCCCUGUGUCCCCUACAGCCGCCAACCUCGUAACAGUCAUUGCUUCCUCCUAUGGUAGGACGUGUACCUCUGUGUGUUCAUGGAGCCGGAGAAACCAAAACCGGGUCUUUCUCCAUCCCGGGGGCUGAGGAGCGGUGGGGGCUGUUUGUUCAGUUACUUGGGGGACCUUGCCCAGCACCCUGCCCCGCCUCCCCAAAGCUGCAGUGGGGUAGGGGAGAGAAAGGACUAGACAUCAGGGAGGACAACACUAAUGGGUGGGGGAGGGAUCACGAAGCCAGGGGCUCGGCCCCACCCCAGUGAAGCCAUGAGUCCCCCAGCCCAGCCUGACAAGGAAAGGGGCUGGGAGGGAGAAAGGUCCAGGGCUGUGGGAGCAGGGCCCAGCACCUCAGAGCCCCUUCCACAUGCCUCCUGCCGGCCCAUAUAACUUUUUGUGUUUCCCCCUCAUCUCCAGAUGGGAAGCCUGGCAAAGCUGCCCAGUGGAAUACUGCCCCCCAUCCAUAGAAUCACUGCCUUCUUCCUCCUUUUUGCCCCAUUCACCCCAUUCCGUACUCUCUGGGUCAUGGAGGAGGGUAAGGUGGGCCUUAGAGAUAGGCCAGAGUUUGGGGUGAUAUGAUCUGUCCUCACCCACCCCCCAACCACUGCAUCUAUUUCUCUGCCGACUCCUCCCAUCCCCUAUGCUUCUGUUCAUUGGUCUCCAUCCCAGCCUGGAAGCCGGAGGUAAGGCUGGGCCCCGAAUGCCCCAUUCCCAUCUCUCUCUAGCCCAAGAUCCCAAAAUGCUGCUUCCUAGUAAGAAUCUUCAAGGAAGCAAGUUUAGGAGAAUAUAGUGGUUGCAUUGCAUGUUUACGGUAGGGAGAACCUGGCAGAAUGGGUGUGUGUCUGAGGCUGGCAGGGCAUGUAUCUGUGUCUAUGUGUUGGGAGAGGUCUGUUUCUGUCACAGAUGUGAGUGUCCGUGGUGGGGAAGUGACUGUGUGGUCUGUUAACAGUGUAAGAGGCUGCUCGGCAGUGGACUGAGAGCCCUGGACCUGAAGUCAGAGGCUGGGGUUGUGGCCCUGGCUCUGGCACCCUUUCUGUGAUCUUCAGCAAGUCACUUGUGUUUUCUGGGCUUCAGUUUCCUCAACUGUAAAAUGAGCAGUGUCUGAAAUUAUUUUUAAGAUCUUUUCAAACCUAAAGGAAUUUCUUCAUAGGAAUUUCCAUAGAGGUGUGUAGGAAGGUCUCUAUGUGUCUUUGAAUGCACCUCAUGGGCAUCCUGAGUUGUAUGUCUAUGUGAAAAGGAGAGGGGAAGUUCCUAAGGGACCUGUGUAUGUUUGGGAUCUUUUUGGGAAUACAUGUGUGUGUGUCUGUGAACAUGUAUGUGUGGGAGGGUAUAUGUUGUGUGUGUAACUCUGUGAAGUGUCUGUGAGUCAGAAUGUGUGUACUGCUGCUUCUGCUGCUGGUGCUGGUCGGGGGGAGAGGGCAGAAAAGCUGAGGAUGAAAAUCAAGAGCGAGGAGGUUACCAGGCCCACCCACUACUCCCCACCCCCGCCAACUGGGCAUUGUAGACCUGCCCCUGUGUGAAGAAAAAUGAAAGCACAGAUAGCCUAAGACUGCUCAGGUUUCAUGCCCACAAGCCCCAUAUCCAAGGACCAGGGUAUACACUCCCCAUCCCUCCAUGCUGACAACCCACACAUGUUGGUGUAUCCACUCUCAUAAGUACCACUCACAUGCUGCAAGCAUGCAAGAGGACACAUGUACAGCCCACUCCCUGGAUGUCAUUCCUGGGAAAUGGGAGCUGACGGAGGGGGAAGGUAGUGAGAAGAAAGAAUGAGGCUGCUGGCUUAGGAAGGGUAGCACCUCUCUGUGCACCACACCUAUGGACUGCCAACUCCAAAGUUUUGAGGUGCAGCUCUCUACCUUCAGUUCCUCCAACCCAUCCCUACCUCCUCUAGCAGCGACCCUGGUUAAGUGGUGAGAAAAUGCCAAAGGGAGGCAAGAACAAAGAAGGCACUUGCAGGGCCUACAGGGUUCGUACUGGCCCCCAUCUGAGCCUAUCUCUCCCAUCCUGGUCAGCAUCCCCAUCCUGUCAUAUGGGCCCCAGAGUCAAGCUUCCUACCACUACUACCAUCACCCUGGGCUCCCUGAUUCACCCUUCUAGAACAUGGGUACCUCCUCUUUUCUGGACAGGGCCCCCAUGAGGGCUCAUAUAGAUUACUGCCUUUGCUGCUGACUUGCUCUAUGACUGGCCCACUGCUCAACCUCUCUGGCCCUGAGAAAUCAGGGAAAAGCUCCCUACCCACAGGACAUACUAGUUCCCUGGCAGGCAAGGGCUUCCAACUGAGGCAGUGUACAAGUGGUGGAGAGAAGUAGGAAGCUGGCAACCAGCACCUUCUGGGUCUAGGAGAGUGUGUGGUUCCCUCCUUCCCUAUCUGGGAUGUUGGAGGGGAGGAAUCGAGGCCUUAGCUUGCCCCCCUGUCAUCCUUCCCCCUUGUAGAUACUGCCUUAACACUCCCUCCACCCUCAGCUCUGGCUGCCAACCAGCCAGGUUUCUCCGUGCUCACUAAUUUAUUUCUAGGAAGGUGUGUGGAAGACAUGAGCCGUGUAUAAUAUUUUUUUUAACAUUUGCAUUGCAGUAUUGACCAUCAUCCUUGGUUGUGUAUCGUGUAACACAAAUAAUGGUAUUAAAAGCAUCAAAUAAGCCA